AUAACCUAAACUAAAAAUAUAACCUAUGAAUUCAUACCGAUAAAAUGCUAUUACAAAAUAAAAAUGCAUUUCGAACUUUCAUAAAUAUGUACUCUUCUGCAUCUGCUGGAUCAAAGACAUUUUUUCUCACUAGCCCUAUAUUUUAUGUAAAUGCUUCACCGCAUAUAGGGCAUUUGUAUACAGCUUUAAUAUGUGAUGCAGCAAGUAAAUUUGAAAGAUUAUUGUCAGGUAAAAACAAUAUAUUUUCUACAGGCACCGAUGAACAUGGUUUAAAAAUUCAACAAUCGGCUCAAAAAGCUAAAUUGCCAAUUGCAAACUAUUGUGACAAUAUAUCUAAAGAAUAUGAUUCUAUGUUCAAAGAUUUCGGUGUUCAUUAUUCAGAUUUUAUUCGAACUACAGAUGAAAAACACAAGCUAGCUGUUGAGAAAUUUUGGACACGUUUAAGUGAUAGAGGGCACAUUUUUUCAACAAAUUAUAGUGGAUGGUAUUGUGUUCCAGAUGAAACUUUUUUAACAGAAUCUCAGCUAAUUCAAGUGCCAGGAAAAGAUAUAAAAGUUUCUGUUGAAUCAGGCCAUCCUGUAGAAUGGACCGAAGAAAAAAAUUAUAUGUUCAAGUUAAGCAAUUUUUAUGAUGAUUUAAAUUAUUGGUUAAAAAAUGAAAAUGUUAUAAGGCCGAAGAAGUACCACAAAAUGGUUUAUGACUGGAUAAAUGGUUCAGAAUUGCUAAGAGAUAUAUCUGUAUCUCGACCAACAAAUAGAGUGUAUUGGGGUAUACCAGUCCCUGGUGAUCCAACUCAAACCAUUUAUGUCUGGUUAGAUGCUUUAGUGAAUUAUUUAACAGCAUCUGGAUAUCCUGAUACUGACGGACAGCAAUUCAGAUCUUGCUGGCCUCCAGAUUUACAUGUUAUUGGAAAAGAUAUUUUGAAAUUCCAUGCCAUAUAUUGGCCUGCAUUUUUGAUUGCUGCUGGAUUAGAACCUCCAAAAUCAAUAUUAUGUCAUGCACAUUGGACUGUGGAUGGGGAUAAAAUGUCUAAAUCUAAAAAUAAUGUCAUUUCUCCAAAUUCUUGUAUAGAUCAAUAUGGUGCUGAAGGUAUUCGGUAUUUUCUUCUCAGAGAAGGUGUAGCGCAUAGUGAUGGAAACUAUAGUGAUACAAAAAUAAAAAAUAUCUUAAACUCAGAACUAGCAGAUAGUUUUGGAAAUUUAUUAAGUAGAUGCUGUGGAAAAGUAUUAAAUCCUGAUCAACAAUUUCCAACAUUGCACAGAGAUGUUUUUGAAAAUAUUGUAAAAAAUAAUGAACUAGCUGAAAAAUUAACUAAAUCAGUGGAAAACCUUCCAGACAUUGCCAAAGAACAUUAUUUAGAUCAUAAUUACUACAAAGUUGUAGAUGCGACGAUAUCAACUAUACAUUUAGCAAAUGCAUUUUUUGAACAUCAAAAACCAUGGGAAUUAAAAAAGCUUAAUAAUCAAGAUCAAUUAGAUGUUGUUUUGCAUCUAGUAUUAGAGACAUUAAGAGUUUGUGGAAUAAUUCUUUGGCCAAUAAUACCAGUGCUUUCUCAAAAACUUCUUUCAAAGUUAAAUAUAUGCAUGGAUACUAUUUCUUGGGAUAAUAUCAGUCCUUUAUCUUGGGAUAAAAAAGACUCCCCAGCUUAUAAAUUAAGUGAAGAUUCUUGUGUUAUAUAUCAAAGAAUACAAUCGAAGAAAAAUAAACAUAAAUAAUUGUGAUAUAGAAAAUUUUAUAUAACAAUUUUUAUAGAACUAAUAAAAUGUUAAAUAUAU